AUGUUCAAAUCACGUCCGGGUUGGGGAGACGUCGGGUUUCACGGCUCACAUCAGGUGAAGACACCAAACAUAGACCUAUUGGCCGGAAGUGGUAUUAUUUUGAACAACUAUUACGUGUCUCCCAUUUGCUCGCCAUCGAGAAGCGCUGUCUUAACGGGUUAUCAUCCCAUCCAUACCGGCCAACAACACGACGCCCUGCAGGCGGCCGAACCCCGAGGAAUACCUCUUCAAUACAAACUACUUCCACAACAUCUGAAAAAUUUGGGUUACGAGACACACGCUGUGGGCAAAUGGCACCAGGGUUACUUUAAAAGAGAGUACACACCAACGCAACGAGGUUUUGAUUCAUAUUUCGGCUUUUUUAAUGGUCACGAAGACUAUUACGACAGAGUUUGUGGCGGAGGUUAUACUGGAUUUGAUUUUAGAGAUAAUGAAAAUGCGGUAAACCUUACGGAAUACACAGGAAUUUAUUCAACAGAUAUUUACACGAAUAAAGCUAUUGAUAUAAUCAACAGAAGUAGUAAUUCCACAAAACCUCUGUUCCUAUAUCUGGCCCAUCAAUCGGUUCACGCGGGCAACGGUGCGAACCCUCUUCAGGCGCCGCAACGAUAUAUCGAUCGAUUUAAGGACAUUGAAGACAUGAGAAGACGAACAUUUGUAGCGAUGGUAUCGGCUUUGGAUGACUCGGUUGGAGAUGUCUUCUCCGCCCUCCAGAAGGCGAAUAUAUUGAACGAUACGAUCAUUAUAUUCACGACAGACAACGGGGGCGCCAGUUGUGGGGCCGACGGAACUUGUAUUGAUAGCAGCAUUGGAUCAAAUUGGCCGCUAAGAGGCGGAAAAUUCACAUUACUUGAGGGAGGAAUUCGAGGCAUCGCUUUCAUAUGGAGUCCAUUGUUAAGAAAGACAUACAUUAGUGACCACUUAAUGCAUGUCACCGAUUGGUUGCCCACAAUAUACAGCGCAGUCGGCGGUAAGACUGAAGACUUGGGACCCAUUGAUGGCAUCGAUAUGUGGAAUAUUCUUAACGAUAAUUUACAGAAUCCGAGAAAACAUUUAUUGCAUAAUAUAGACCCCACGUGGAAGAUGUGGGCACUUAGGUAUGGCGACUAUAAACUAAUAUCGGGCACAUUUGUGGAUGGAAAUUAUGAUAUUUGGUAUUUGCCUCCUGAUAUUGUCAAAACAAUGCUCAACUUAUUAGAGGCAUAUAAUGCAAGCGCUGUCCCGCCGGCCAAUCUUCCCAAUGACGAAAAGGCAAAUCCCAAAUAUCAUAACAACUUUUGGUCGAUCUGGGAGUAA